AUGACUUCAAUCUCGUUUGAAGCUGCUCUCAAGCUGCCCGACAACGACGCGUCCAAUUUACGCCUCUACAAACUCGUCUCUGCACGCGACUUCAGCAGCUCGAGUCUUUCUUCAGUCGCGCAGGACUAUCUGACUAGUUUCUGCGAUCCUGGUCUUUCUUUAAUCCGGCGGCGAUGGAUCGGCAUUGCGCUCGCAGGCAUGCUGGAAAUGCCGGCGGUGGCCACACACAUCGGGGCAUCGACUAAGCGUCUACGCAAUCUGGGAGCCAUCAUUCUGAGCGAAACUGAACAGGAGCAGAUCAAAAUUAUUGCUGGUAUCAUCAUACGGCAGGCACUGGAACAAGGGAUCGAGUACAGCAGGUUCUGGUCCACGGGAAAAGUCGGACACAGCGCGCCGAAUUUUCCGCUCCAGGCCGAUGCCGAAUGGAUGCAGAAGUUCCAAGGCUUUCUCGAUAUUCUGAGCGACCUGGCACUCGCGAGACCAACCAACGAGCCCUCUGUCAUGUACCUAGUGUCACUAUUCGCCACAGAUGGGUUCAAAUGGCGGGAGUCAAGCGCUACGUUCCCUAUCGCGCUCAUUGAGGCUGGAGUGUUGACCAUUAUCGCGCCCGAUGAGUACCUGAAAGACUGCCAGUUUGUAGACAUACCAGUCGAGCACAUUCUGAACACGCGAUCAGAACCGUCGAAACUACACAACUCACAGGCUCAGCGUACAGAGCAUGAACCAUGGGAUCUCGUCAUGACACUCACAUCCGAACCCUGGAGCUACCGUCUCAACUCCACGCAACGCAUUGCGACUGAUCUAUCGCUAAUGUUCAAGCAUUCCGGUGAUGCAAUAGAGUGGGAGAGUUGCAUCAAAGCCCAUCAGAAAGAACGCGAACCUCGUUCGAGAGUGUCUCGAAACUUGCCUAUCGAUGCGAGCUCGCCUUCGAUCCGACAGUCAAACGCAAGAAGAUCGCUUCGAAGUGGCUCCCAGACGCUUCGGACAGAGCGUGUCACCUCCAAGAAACGUACGGCAGACAGUAGCGAUGCGACAGCUCUGCAACUCCAGUCACAGCAUCCAUCGUCGACAUCGAAACGCAUGUACGGCAAAGGAAAGCUACCCCGUGUAUCUCAGGCCACCAAACAGAAUAUCUUCAAAAAGCUCAACUCGGAAGAUGAAGCUCUUGAUAUGCUUAUAGAAAGCAAAAGGAAUACCCACACUACUUCUUCGGACAAAACAAGUGUUGCUUCAUCUCCCCAAAGAAAAUCACGAAGCUCGAAGACUGUCUCGGACAAGGAACCAGCCAAGACUAAUACUAAGGCACGCACAUCGCACAGUAAGGAUGAAGCAGACGACGAUGAAGAUUUCAUACCAACUCAGACGAGGCCGAAAAAGAGGACAAACCCCAAACGCAAAGCAACACCAGACCCCAUGGCCGAUGCCAACCCGAGAAAGAGAUCCCGUAAAGAGCCGAGCAAAGGUACGAAGUCGACUGUGACCGGCGUGAAACAACUGGCGAAAACUCUUCCGCUGGCGAAACCAUCAAAACCUCCAUCAUCCGUCCCUUCGUCACGACACACCUUGAUCGGAGGACUUCUGGGUCUUCAAAGACCUGCCAAGAUCUCCGAGAGCCCGUUCAAGAAGCCAACAUUACCUGCAAGAGUCGCUCAAACACCGUCAACUCCUACCAAACCGAGUAGAAAGCCUGUGGGAGUACCAGUGCGGCCCCAAACCCCUGUGGAAGCACGGAGAUGUUCUGGAGAUGAUGCUUUACACUACAUGGCAUCGUCACCGCCUGUGGCUGACGAGGCCGAAGAGAAUGAUGAGUGGCAUCAUGCGAUUGCUGUCGAGGCCGCAAUGCUCUCCAGCAACAGCAAACCUACCCCCGCGUCACCAAAUGCAGAAUCAACAGCGAUAUCUGGUCACGCUGAUCGUGAGGAUAUAGCCUCGGAGAAGAAGACAGGAGAUUGGCAGACCGCGAAAAGCGACCCCUUUGGCCGACGAUCUGCUGGGAAGAAGGCCACAUCGUUCAUACGCCGACUGACUGGAGAAGGUUCAUUGAACGAGGACAUAGCCCCUGAGAUUGACGUUUCAAACCAGCGGCCUUUGCUAGUCGCCGGUUCUAACGCAACUGAAGCCUUACCUUCAAUUGCAGCGAGUCGACCAUUCCUACAAAAGACGCCUUCGGGUGGGAAAGAGGCGACUCUUACAGAAGGAGAUACGAACAAGGCGCACCCAAAUCCCAAGGUUGCGAGCCUUUAUACGGGCACAACAGAUCAUCAGACACAAGAGUCGAGAGAUCAAGGAGUGCAACAAAAGGACGACACAAGGAGACAUAACGAGCAGGCUGGCACACAUUCAAAGCCCACAGCGCUAUCCAAAGAGAAGACAACGACCCGAAAGGUACCCGGAGAUGCGGUAGGAAAAGAGACGACUGUACCCACCUUGCCUUUCAACUCGCGGUUCAUCGAUACUACUCAGCCAACUGUUCAGGCCGACCAAGAAGCCACUGAAAGUACAAGGAACUUGCUCGAAGAGACUCGGCAGAUCGUGGACCAACCGCAACAACUCAACGAAGGGAUCCGGCAAUUGAACGAUGGUGGGCCUAUCGAGCAGGCGUAUCACGAGGACGAUACUCUGAUCGGUGGCGGUGAAGACAAUCAGGAAGCUGACAAUGACUUCUUCGACGCUUCGCCAAUACAUCUCCAAUCCUCCCCGCCACACCUAGGCUCUUCUAGUAGCCAUAGCUCGACCUCUGCCGUACGCGAGCCAUUAACGGACCCACCUCUACCAACAUCACAAGCAGAAGAGAUGGACUGGGAGGCGAGUCUGCAGCCGCACCAGCGCGAUCUUCAUGAACUGAUGAUAAGGACUUCCAAGCGGGUUAUGCAGCACAUUGUCGGCAACGAGACUAGUGUAGACGACAUCGCUGAGAUGUACGCGCAGGAUGGCGAGCAUGUACUGAGCACCCUGAUCAAGCGACACGACACCGACUACGAGGAUGUCUUCCAGGGUAUGGAGAGCACAAAGGGAAAACUCCGGAAAGAGCUUCAGCGAGCCGCCAAGCAGAUGGCGAAGGACAGAGAGAGGGUCGCUGCUAUUGCUUGA